AUGGGGGUUAAAGAUCCCUUCCUCUUCUUCCUCGCAGAAGGUGAUAGGUUCCCACUGAAUCUUCUGCAGUUUAUGAUGUCGGUUAAUCUCGAUGCCGAAGACCUGAGGGUAUUGUGUAGCUCAGACGUAUUGUUUCCUCGAGCGAUCGGAACCAGCGCUUGUGGUGGCCUGGCAAUUAUUGUGACUGCUAUGCUGGUGGUAUCAGUAGAACUUUCUGGUAUCCCGAUUGUCUUGCCGAUUGGGUUUCUGAUUGGCCAGCUUCGGUAUUAUUUCGUGCUCGUUCAUGAGAACAGCCUCGUAAGUGGUGUUGAGCAAAGUGAAAACUUCCUGACGCGAUCAUGA